CCCCCCCCCCCCCCGUAGUGUGAUUUCUCUGUGCUGCUUGACGCUUCCUUUCUGGUGUAGAUUGGUUUGUUUCGGUGGAGGGGCGAAAGGAGCUCAUUCAGCGACGACCGCCACCAUGAGUGAGGUCUUCGAUGGCUACGAGAGGCAGUACUGCGAGUUGUCGGCGAAUCUCUCGCGCAAGUGCACCUCCGUUUCUGCGCUCCACGGGGAAGAGAAGAAGCAUAAGCUUACGGAGCUCAAAAGUGGUCUCGAUGAAGCAGAUUCGCUGAUCCGUCGCAUGGACCUGGAGGCCAGGAGCCUACCUCCAACUCAAAAAGCCGCAUUACUGGCCAAGUUGAGAGAGUACAAGUCCGAUUUGAAUAACUUGAAGCGAGAUGUCAAGAAGUCUGCUUCGACUGAUGCUGCUUCCGCCAGGGAUGACCUUCUGGAGUCUGGAAUGGCAAAUCAUGCUAAUCCUACCCACGACCAAAGAGGCAGACUUUUGAUGUCUACGGAACGGCUGAAUCAGUCUGGUGAGAGGAUCAAGGAGAGCAAGCGGACUCUACUUGAAACGGAGGAGCUUGGUGUCUCCAUUCUCCAGGAUCUCGCGUCACAGAGACAGACUCUUCUGCAUGCCCAGAACACUCUGCAUGGAGUCGACGAUAACAUUGGGAAGAGUCGCCGGAUCUUGAAUUCGAUGUCUCGACGGAUGUCACGAAACAAGUGGAUAAUGGGAAGCAUCAUCGGGGUGCUGAUUCUGGCUAUCGUGUUGGUGAUAUAUGUGAAGUUGAUGAGGUGAAUGAGGAGAAAUAGUAGUGGUUAGGUCUCGUUAUCGUGGGUUCUCCUCUGGUGUGUGACAAAAUAGAUAAAUUAGGGUAAGAUCAUUUGCUUGUGCAUUUAUCUCCAAGUGUAUAGCUCCAGAGAUAAAGGCUAGUACUCAAAGAACGAGUGGAAGCAUUCCUGCAGUGAGUUGUGGCAGGUUGACACCUUUCUCUUGAAACAUCAUAUCACUGGCUUCAAAUUGCGUAGAUUCUUCUGCUGGAAAGGUAAGCAAAGAUAAUGAUAGUUUUGUUGACUAUGAUUUGUAAUAACACCGGUGGUGUGACAAAUGCGAAUUUGGUGGUUGAAAGAUCUAAUAAUGUAGUUUAUGUGCUACGAAUUUGGUGCCGCAAGCUGAUUGGGGAUAAGGUUGUGUAAUAAAUUUUUAUGCGUUGUAUAA